AUGUCGGGCCCCAAACUAAGAUUCUGUCCCGAAAGUAACGACCUUCUGUACCCCAAGGAGGAUAGAGCCAACAAACGACUCGUAUAUCACUGUCGGAGUUGUCCAUAUGUCGAGGCUGCAGACCCCAGCGAGUGGUGUGUCUUCCGCAAUGAGGUGCAGCACACCUCCAAGGAGAAGCUGGUGGUGCUCCAGGACGUGCGCUCCGAUCCGACCCUGCCGCGCACCAAGGACGUCCGCUGCCCGGCAUGCGCUAAUAACGAGGCGGUGUUCUUCUCGGCAUCCACGGAGGAGGGCAUGACCCUCUUCUUCAAUUGCAUAAAGUGCGGCCACCGCUGGCGUGAUUACGUGUGA